AUGUCAACAUCACCAUGCAAGGAUUUCAAUUUUCAUUUACAAUUAACGAAUACAUUACCAAAUAGUUUGCCAAAACAAACAAAUCUUUUACUUGUUUAUGAAAAUCGAACAAUGGAUGUUCAUCUUGCUGCUCCUAUUAUUGAUCUUGAGAAACAAGAACGUAUUACGAUUUCACAUUUAAAUUAUCUUUAUUCAAUACCAAAACGCCAUUUAUAUUUAUCAAUUCCUUGCAAUAUGCAAUGUACAACAAUUCCACGACAAAGUCGGAUUAUGUAUAUAUCAUCAUUAACAACAACAAAAAAAAUUUCCUUAGGUUUUAUAUGUGAAGUUCCUUCACUAAAUAAUCAUUUACGUCAUUUAAUAUUAUUUGAUGAUGGUACUGCGAAAUAUACAGUGGAGAAUGAUCUUAUAUAUUUAUGUCUUUGUCAAGAUUUUGAACGAAAUUCUCGUUCAAUUGAAUCGAAAUUAAUUCGAGAAAAUUUUGAAAAAUUACUUUUGAAUAAAUAUUUAAAUAAACAAAAAUUUCAUAUUCAUAAUUAUGUCCGAGUAAAAAAAUUUGACGAUAAAUAUCAUAAUGCACGAACAAUUGAUGUUGAUUGUUCAAUAAUAAAAUUAAAAUUUUAUGAAAGACAAGCACAAACAGAAAUAUGGAUGCAUCAACAUUCAUUAUUAAUUGAUGAUACAAUUAUAGCACCAAUAGAAAUAGCAAGUCCUGUUAUUUUACAAAAUAAACGAAAAUAUGAUGAAAUAUCAACAAUUUCUCGCUCAUCGUCACCAAUAUCAAUACGUCCAUUGCCUUCGAACUUCUAUCAACCGCAUCAAUGUUCGCCUCAUUGUGUUUUGAUUGCUGAAAAAAGUUUUAUUCCAAAUUGUAUCAUACAAAAUCCAUAUACAUUGCCAUUUUCAUGUGGUUGGAAAUAUUUUCAUGUUGAUCGUCAUGCAAAAGGUGGAUUUAAGAAAAAACCUUCUACACGUAAAACAAUAUCAUCUCGUUCAAAUUAUUUAUAUCGCUCGCCAUGUGGUCGUUCAUUGUUAACAUUGGAUGAAAUUGAACAAUAUUUAUUACAAACAAAUUCUAAAUUAACAAUUAAAUUUUUUGUUGAUGAUCGUCAAACACGUCUUGAACCAUGUAUUAAAUAUGAAUCACAAUAUAUUCUUAAUGAUGAUAUAACACAAGGAAAAGAAUAUGUUAGAAUACCAGUUUAUAAUGAAAAUAAUUCAAAUCUUCCAGAAACAUUCAUAUAUGGAACAGAAACUCGUUCAAAGUUAAUAUUUCCGAAUGAUACAACAACAAUGACAUGUUGUUCAUGUACAGAUAAUUGUCGUAAUCGAAUACAAUGUCCAUGUUGGCUCAAAACAUUUGAACAAGCAAAAUUAAAUGACAAUGAAAAAAUCUUAAAUUGGCAACGACAAAAUUUUUCUGAUGAACAAAUGAUUUCACGUUUUGCAUAUAUUCAUCAACGUUUAAAAACUCCCGUUUGGAGUGGAAUAUAUGAAUGUAAUUCAAAAUGUUUAUGCCAUACAAAACAAUGCACAAAUCGUCUUGUACAAAAUAGUUUAUAUCAACAAUUACAAUUAUUUCAUACGAAUACAAAAGGUUGGGCUUUACGUGUUCUUCAUGAUAUACCAUAUGGAAGUUUUAUCAAUGCUUAUGUUGGAGAAUUAAUAACUGAAGAAAUUGCAACUAAACGUGAUUUUAAAUAUUUAGCUAUAUUAGAUCAUAAAAGUCAUUUAAAUACAACUGAUAAUAAAAAACGAAAAGCAUCACCAAUAAAAAAUAAACUUAAUAAUGUCGGAAUAUUAAAUGGGAAAAGUCGAAUUCCGGUAAAACAUUGUGUUCAAUUAUUAAACGAUAGUCAAACUGAUAAUGAAGACGAUGACAAUGAUGAAGACGAUGAUGAUUCAUGUUUUAUUCUCGAUGCUAAACAUUAUGGUUCCAUAAGUCGAUUUUAUAAUCAUUCAUGUAAACCAAAUGUGCAUAUUCAAAAUGUAUUUAUUAAUACUCAUGAUCCACAAUUUCCAGUUAUUGCACUUUUUGCAUGUCGAAAUAUUCGAGCUGGUGAAGAAAUUUGCUGGGAUUACAAUUAUACAGUAGGUUGUAUGCCCAAUGUUCGUAUUGAUUGUCAAUGUCAAGCAUCGAAUUGUCGUGGUCGUUUAUUGUGA